UGGCGAAGUAAAGGAAAUAAACAAGUGUUGGAUAUUCUUCACUUGCACUGUACAGCGCCUGACACUCCCCAAACCCAACCAACGCUGACUCCGAGUGUCCAUCCUUCGCCCACGGAUAUUAUGAACGAUCUGUCACUGUACCACACGCGCAAACCCGUUGCAUCGCCUAAACGGGCAGCAGGCCUCGCUGCGACUUUAAUACCCGACCGCUAUACCACCUCAAUCACACCAGCGCGGUAAUCCGGACUGUUCUGGAAAGAAUAUGAUUAUAUUCUAGCUUUACGGUAACCCCGAGUCCAGACAAUAAAAAUGAAUUGCUCCCCACCAGUCUAUCUGGAUUCUUGUUCUUGUUCUUACGACUCUCUCGCGAUUUUCUCAGGCGUCCUACAUACAUAUACAUGUGUUAACAAGUACCUUUCGUUCUUUGGCUCCGCAUAUACGCAGUCGGCGUCCCUGCAGUGGGAAAACAUAACAGAGUUAAACCUUCGUUCAACUUCUCGGCGGAGCAGAUUCAUCGAUCUACGAUAGCUUGCAAGCACGGCUUGAAGUUCCUUUCCAACUAUCGACAUGUCUCCUCCAACAGGACCAACACCCGAUCAGAUCGACUACAUGAUGGCGCAUGCCGACGACGAUCGCAGGCCCAUGAUGCUGGCAGUUCACUCAACGUUCCUCCUCUUGGGCUUCGUAUCCGUCGCACUGCGAUUCGGCUCGCGCAUCAAGAUCGGCGCGAAGUUGGGGACGGACGACUGGUUCAUCUUUGUCGCAGUGGUUGCACUGUGUGGCCAUGGCACGGCUUGUAUGAGUACCGUCCAGUGGGGGAUGGGUAGGCAUGCCAUCUUUGUUACAGAUCGCAAAUCCAUGUCCAAGACGAGUCUUGCUGCGACGACAUUUUACAGUUGCACCCUCAUGUUCACCAAGCUCUCCAUCUUGGCUCUUUACCAUCGUAUAUUCCAGCUCGCCCGUGGCUGGGUUCCAACGCUUUUGGGCGUCGCUGCCUUUGUGAUAGCACUGGGAAUUACUCAACCGCUUGUGUAUAUUUUGCAAUGUAUACCUGUCAGUGCCUUGUGGACGGAAGGCCCCGGUAGCACCAAAUGUGUAAAAUUCAAUUUGGCGAUUGUAUUACUGGGCUCAGUCCACAUCGUUACGGACUGGCUGCUCCUUAUUCUUCCUAUCCCCGUUGUCAUGGGACUUCAACUUAACAAGCGUGCGAAGUGGAGUAUAUGCUCGCUCUUUGCCGUUGGCGGAGUUGUCUGCAUCAUAUCAAUUGUUCGUCUCGUCAAGGCGAACAGAAUCAACAUGGUGGAUCCAUCUUGGGAUAAUGUUCCCGUUCAAGCUCUCAGCACGGUUGAAGGAAGUGUCGGUAUUCUCGCCGCCUGCAUGCCAACCUGGCGCCCCCUAUUCCGCUUCCUAAGCAAAGGUAUAACGCAGUACUUCUCAUACGGGCAAAACUCGCACCACGGCGGCCCCAACGAAAAGAAAUCGUUCCCUCACUCCGCUGCCUCAACUCUCUACAACCGUUCCGGCAGCCGCUCUCCCAACCCAGCCAAGAACCCACCGCCGUCCCCCUUUGCCACCGACAUGAAUCACUUAGGUCCUUACCUCGACCCCGCGUCUGCGAAUACGAACAUUUAUCCAAAUCUUCCAAGCCCCGUGCGCUCCACUCAUAGAGCUAGCUGGAAAGCGCACUCAAAGCGGAACGACAGUGGAGAUAGCGUCGAGCAGAUGCUGCAGGGGAGGGUACACGGGAUGGCCAUGGACGAUGUUGAGCUGGGCGACUUGAGGAGGAGUAGUGAUGCGAUGGAAAUUACCACCGCCAUGCGAAUGGAAAUUAGCCCUGUUGGGAUUGGGAUGCCGGGGAGAGUUGCUAGAGUGACUUGAAACGGGAUGAGUGACCAUCAUUCUACGACAACCACGAAAAUAAAGAGCUCAGCGAAUACGAGCCGAAUCCAUGAUCACGGUACAGCACAAAUCUGUUCUUAGGAGAGAGGGAGAGAAAGCGUUAACGAAACACUUACCCAACACAUCUCAUCCCGCAGCCAACCACCACACGAACAACCCGCCUUCGAAGAGAUUAUCCAAAGGCCAACCCAACCUCCAAAAACAAAUCAGCCCCGCGAUCAACCCGGCGCCGCUCGGAACGAUCCACCAACCAGUCUCGCCGCUUCAUGCCCACCCAAGCCGCCUUGUCAACUUGUCCAUCAAACGCCGGCCCGAUUCCGAACAACGCCGUCGCGAAACCUCACCUUCCAUUUCCGUGUAGCCACCGACGUCCGUUUGCUUGUCAAUACAAUGGGAAACCCUCUAGCACCAAUCAAUACCAAUUCCUCAAUAGGAUU